UUCAGCUGGCCGUACAUGUUUGCAUGGUUUUGUAGUGAAAGUAGCGUUUUCCCGCAUUUUGGUCCGAAACUACAGAUCUUGACUCACUCCGCUGUGACUGGCUAAUCAAAAAAACUUGAGUUACUUAUAUAGUUACUGAUCAUCAUAUCUAUUACAACAAUUCUGCGACUUGCGAGUCGCCUGCUCCGGCGCUAUACGCGAGGAAAUUCAUACAUCAUGGCGAACACUAUGGAGUUGGUCCAGACGGGCAAACGCGAUCGUCUUAUAGAGCUUGAGAAGAUAUAUCAAACAAAAUGGCAGGAGGAGGGUAUAUUCGAAGUUAAUGCCCCUUCACCCGACGAGCUGAAGGGCUUGUCAUCUGCCCAAGUUCAGGAUAAAUACCCCAAGUGGUUUGGCAAUUUCCCUUACCCAUACAUGAACGGCUCUUUACAUCUAGGACACGCGUUCACCAUCUCGAAAAUCGAAUUCGCCGCCGGAUACCAGAGAUUGUUAGGCAAGCGUGUCUUAUUUCCUCAUGGUUUGCAUGCAACGGGUAUGCCGAUCAAAGCGGCUGCUGACAAGAUAAUUCGUGAGAUGGAGAUGUUCGGCCCAGAUUUUGAACGAUUUGAUGAAGAGGCGCAAGACGACAAACCAAUAAAAACAGCUCCAAACGGCCCAGCCGCGCCUUCAGCAGCAGUAGGGAAAGCCACGAAGGGCAAGAUUGCUGCAAAAUCCACGGGACUGACUUACCAGUUCCAAAUCAUGUUGUCAAUCGGCGUCCCGCGCACGGAAAUCAAAAAGUUCGCAGAUCCCCAUCACUGGCUGGAACACUUUCCUCCAAUUUGCAAGGAGGAUAACAACGCAAUGGGAAAUCGUAUCGAUUGGAGACGUUCAUUUGUCACAACCGACCUGAACCCUUACUACGACUCGUUCGUUCGAUGGCAAAUGAAUAAAUUACACGCAUUGGGAAAAGUCAAGUUCGGGGAGCGAUACACGAUCUACAGCCCUAAAGACGGACAGCCUUGUAUGGAUCAUGAUCGAUCCGACGGUGAAGGUGUUAACCCCCAAGAGUACACUGGCGUCAAGAUGGAGGUCGUAGAAUGGAGUUCAGCUGCGAAGGCCAUUGAAAGCAAAGUCGAUGGUCGGAAAGUAUUUUUGGUGGCUGCUACGUUGCGUCCCGAGACCAUGUAUGGCCAGACCAAUUGCUUCGUUGGCACCUCUAUAAAAUAUGGCGUCUUCGCGAUCAACGAUGCAGAGGCAUUUGUAUGCACAUAUCGUGCAGCCCGUAACAUGGCUUUCCAAGGUCUAUCGCCUGAGCGCGGCCAGACUCAACAGCUGUUGGAGAUGGAUGGCGCGGCCUUGGUCGGUACCAAGAUCAAAGCACCAUUUGGAUUAGUUCCUGAGGUGUUUGUACUGCCCAUGGAUAAUGUUUUGGCUACGAAGGGUACCGGUGUCGUCACUUCUGUACCGUCAGAUUCCCCCGAUGAUUUCGCAACUGUCAGCGAUUUGCGCAAGAAGCCUGAAUUUUACAAGAUCGAUCGCGAAUGGGUAUCCAUUGAUCCGAUUCCCGUGCUAACGACUCCGACCUAUGGCGAGCUGACUGCGCCCCGCUUAGUCGAGAAGCUGAAGAUUCAGUCGCAGAAAGAUGUCAAGCAGCUGGCAGAGGCGAAGGAAAUCGCGUACAAGGAGGGUUUCUACAGUGGAGUGAUGUUGGUCGGCGAGUUCAAGGGCCUGACCGUUCAAGAAGCGAAGCCCAGAGUGCGCGCAAGCAUGAUCGAACAAGGAUUGGCUUUCGCAUAUGCCGAACCAGAGAACCUGGUCAUCUCGCGCAGCGCAGAUGAGUGCGUCGUCGCCUUGAUGGACCAGUGGUAUAUGGAUUACGGUGAACCUGUUUGGAGAUCACAGGCCGAGAGGUUGCUGGCAAAGAUGGAGACAUGGACGGUCGAGACUCGGAACUUGUUCGAGGCCACCUUGGCAUGGCUGAAUCAGUGGGCGUGUGCCCGGACAUACGGCCUGGGGUCCAAGUUACCUUGGGAUCCCCAAUUUAUGGUCGAAAGUUUGAGUGACUCGACUAUCUACAUGGCAUACUACACUGUCGCGCAUUUGUUGCACGGUGGUGAUAUCUUUGGUCGGACACCUGGGCCUCUGGGCGUCAGCGCCGAGCAGAUGACGGAUGAGGCCUGGGAAUACGUCUUCUGCAACGGACCAUGGCCAGACUCAGAGCCAUUCCCCAAGGACAAAGCCGACGCAUUGAAGCAUGAAUUCAAUUACUUCUACCCCUUCGAUAUGCGUUCCUCCGGCAAGGACUUGGUCCAGAACAAUCUGACGUUCUUACUUUAUAACCACGCCGCAAUCUUUGCAGAGGAAAAAUGGCCCAAGGGCAUCCGCACGAAUGGACAUCUGAUGCUGAAUGGCAAGAAGAUGUCAAAGAGCACAGGCAACUCACUGACGCUGAGGGAAGGCGUGCUGAAAUUUGGUGCUGAUGCGAUGCGUCUGUCGUUGGCGGAUGCUGGCGAUGGCGUAGAAGAUGCCAACUUCGAUGAAAAGACUGCCAAUGCAAACAUUCUGCGUUUGCAUACGUUGAUGACAUGGUGUGAGGAAAUGUUCAAGGAUGAGUCCAACCUCCGCACUGGUCCCAAGAGCUCUUAUCAUGAUCACGUGUUCGAGGAGGAAAUUGUCGACCUGAUCAACAUUACAAAGGGUCAUUACGACGCAACUGCUUUCAAGGAUGCUCUGAAGUUUGGCUUCUACGAGUUGCAGAGUGCCCGUGACUGGUACCGAGAAGUUACCGCCGAUAUCGGGAUGCAUGCAGACUUGGUCAAAUACUGGAUCCGUGUUGCCACCUUGAUGAUCACGCCUUUUGCUCCUCACUUCGCAGAGCAUAUUUGGACAGAGCUGUUAAAGGAGCCUCGGUCCGUACAGCUGGCGCUGUGGCCAGACCCAGAGCGCAUCGCGGACAGGUCAAUCGUUGAGACAGGCGUGUACAUGCGUGGAACACUGAAGACGAUCCGUGAUGCUGAGAUUACGUUGUUGAAGAGGUUGCAGAAGGGCAAGAAAGGCAAGGGCGUCGAAAAUGCGUUGUUCGACCCCAAGAAACCCAAGGCCGUUCGGAUUUAUGUUGCGACCAGGUUCCCUGAGUGGCAGGAUACGUGCGUGCAGGCUGUCAAGGAUUCGUACUCGAGCCCGGACGAUAAGGUGGACGAUGCGAAAGUGCGCGAUGUCCUGAUAGAGAAAGGGUUGAUCAAGGACAAGCGCGCUAUGCCGUUCAUCCAGGCGUUCAAGAAACGAAUGUCAGAAAUCGGUGUCGAUGCUGCGUUCCAGAGAACGUUGUUGUUUUCCGAGUCUGAGAUUCUGAAGGAAUUGCUGCCAUAUCUGAGAAAGUCUUUGAGCCUGGAAGAUGUGGAAGUCUUUUCCGUUGAGGAGGCAUUGCAGAGAGAAGGUCCUGGCUUCACGCGCACCAUCAUAGAGUCGUCCGAACCUGGAAGCCCUGCCUUCGAGUAUCGGAACGUAUAGAGCUCCUCGAUUCGUUCUCGUAAUACCAUUAUCGCAAUGUACUUACUGGUCAAUUGUACUUUCAACACGGUUCUAACAAUAUAGUAAUCAAGGAGGCUGGGUAUCGUGCGACGUUAAGAUGCACGCUAUCAAUAAAAUGUAACGCACAC